CACCCCAAUGUUGGACCUUCUGGUCUGCCUCGCGGGCAAGAGCAAGCUGAGUCCGUCCGGCCUGGCCCUACAGCUCGUGUCAGAAGACACUGGCAAACCCAUGGCUUAUAAGCCCAACCAAACCAUCGGCUCACUGGGCGGCCGCCUUGUCAGACUGGUCAGCAAAGAUGAACUCAGUGGCAAGAACAAAGCCAAAAAUACCAAGAAGGGUCAACAGCCGUUUGAGAUGACCCAUCGGUUCACCAUGAACCUCCCAAGGGGUCAAAAGGCCGUGGUCAGGGUCAGCCCCCUUACUGUCCUUGGUGAACUCGUGACCUCUGUAUGUCAGGACAAGGGCCUUGACCUUCGCCGACACGUGCUGCAAAUUCCAGGGCAACCAGGAGUACCUGUUGACCUGCGCGCGACCAUCCAACAGGUCGGAGUUCACGAGAUGAACCUCAUCACUGUCCGCUGAAGCUCAGUACAACAUGGAGACCAGUUCUACAACCAGCCACAUGAUGAGCUCUGCCCAGUCAAGACGAACUAGCACUCCGCCAUCCCAGCGACGCGGGUCAGAUGUAGCUUCAGACACUCUGAGACCAAAGUCGAUGUUUGUCACAAGUCAACCAACACCAGAGGAACUUGCCAUCAAUAGAAGUUCUGCAGCAGCAGCACCACCACCAACAGCACCUGUUGCUCAGCCUCAAAUUCCGACAAAAAAGAAACGGCGUGCACCUGCUCCGCCUGUUCCAACGUCUGCUCAGCAGAACCAAAACCACCCGCCACAGCUGCCUCCGCCUGCAUCUUCUGCAGUUGAUGAGACUGCAAGCAAUAACAGCAGCAAUGCAGCUCAGGCAACAAACACCACACAAGCUAUGCAUAAUUCCAAAUCUUUGAAUGUGGCUUCUGCCCCAGUGUCAGCUCGCGAAGAAGCAGGCAAUGUAGCUUCAUCACAACAAGUGUCGAGAGCGGAAAUGCUGAGUCGUCUUCACUCUCGCAAUAGCUCAGACUCUAGUGGUUACCAUGAGCUUACACUUAGUGGCUGUGAGUCCCCAGAGGCAAUGCAUCAUCUGACCACAAAGUCCAAAACUAGUAUUGACACAACCUCCAUAGAAAGUGCGGACAAUGCUAAUGGAGAUAGCGGAAUACACGAGUCUCCGAUUCGAGUGUCUCCCAUUGAAGAGGUGCAAGAGAAAGCUGAUAGCCCCGCCCCUCAACCCUCAGUGCCUUCCCAUUCUUCCUCAUCACUACCAGCAGCUGCCGAAUUUGGCUCGACAGACACAUUGCUGUCGAAGAAGAGACGGAAAGCACCAGCUCCCCCUGCCCCAGCUCCUGUCCCCACCCCUCCAGCUCCAAGUGUCUCAGCAGCGAUUACUGUAGAAGACAGUCAUCUUGUCAGUGCCGCCACAGCUACAGCAAAUGCAGAUGAAGUGAUAGAUGUUGCUAUCCAUACUUCCAAUAGUGUUCAAGCUCAUUCAGCAAACACCCGAGUGCCUCUUGAGAUGCCAGUGGAAGUUUCCAUGGAGCCUAGCCCUUCUUCUACCUCAACGCAAGAAGUUUCACACACACCUGUUGCAGAUGAAAUAAGUCAGCCCCUGGAAUCGCAGAAUGCAGCACAAGACAUUGGUGACUCCAGACUCUCUGAUUACGAUGAUGAGGAUGCUGAUGAAGAGAAUGCUUUCGACAUCAACGACAUUCUGGAAGGGAUUGUGUUUGAUGAGGAGCCCAAGUCUAUGGAACUGAGAGUGGCACCGCAGCAGGGCUAUGAUGAGGAGGAGGGUCAGGACUCUAGGGCCAUGAUGAUGAUGGAGACAGCCUCUGUCUGUAGUGAGAAUCUAGAACAGGUCUAUGUCACGUCUCGUUCUGAGCGACCCUGUGCAUUCAUCCCACCUCCACCUCCGACUGAACCCCCUCCUCCGGAGGAGCCAGUAGUGGACAUAGCCUCCCUGGCCUCUGUUGACCUCCCGGCCCCUGUUUUAGUGGACAAAGAGACGGAGGUCAACGACGACAACACGUCUCUGGCACCAUCUAGUGCCAAGAGCUCCCCUGGCGCCCCCCGUAAGCGCACAGAUAGCUUCUCCAGUCUGGGUUCAAUAGACACCAUUGAAGGCCUCAGCCUUGACUUCCAGAUGGCCAUACGUCUUGGGGAGGAGGCUAUUUCCUCUUCUCCCCGAAACAACCCGGAAGUUGCCUCAGGGUACAAAAAUGAAAUGGCUCUGUUUGUGGAGCGGAUGAGUAAGAUGGCCGUGGAGACCCCUGAGGAUGGUGAUGGUCAACUAGAUGAAAGUGUGAGUAGCUUGUCACUUCUGGGCUCGGACACCAACUCUGACACGGGUUCUGUGAUCCAGCACAUCCGCUCCGACUCGAGGGACUCGAGAUCUGGCUCUGAAGCAGGUUCUCUGAGUCGUAAAGACGGCAAGCAGAUCGCAGCUGGUGCUACUGCUUCAGGUCUACGCAGCUCAAACAGUAGACAGCCAGAGACAGUCCCUGAGAUGACGGGAGAUUUUGCUGUGUCUGAAGAGAUCACUGUUCCCGUGGAUACGGUACCUCCUCCACCCGAGUUUGGUGAUGCAGGUGAAGACAAAACUAAUGAGAGUGUUGAGGAUGAAGAGGAAUUCUUCACUGAAACGAUUGAAGAAAUCAUCAUUCCUAUGGGUCCUAAUGGGUUUGAUUUUUCUGCAGCUAAAAAAAUCCCAGAUGUAGACACCCCCAAAGAGCAUGGACCUGAGUCACCAAGAGAAAGAAAGACCAGCACUGGUGUGUUUCGUGCAGAGCCAGUUGCUGUGGCUCCAGUGUCUGCUGUAAAGACCAAGAGCUCAGCUCCUGAGAUUAAACCCAAACCAACAGGACUGAAGCCAAAAGAGCAGCUUCCGAAAGAAAAAGAGGAAUUUGUGCUAACAACUGAAGACUUAUCUAGUGUCACUUUCUUGCCUCCAAGGCCAAAAGUUGCAAAGGUUCCUGUUGAAACACAGCCUUCCACUCACGUGUCGACUACAUCACUUGUGAUGGAGAAGCACCGAUCAGCAGCCACUCCUAGCUCACAUCGAUAUUCAGAAGAGCCAGAGUAUGGCAACGUCAAACAACAUGUGUCACACAUCAGCUUCAAACCAAAGACAGAAGCAGAAAAUGACUCGGUGCUGGAAGAAAAGCCCAUCACUUUGCUCAAUAUGCCCAGAAUGAGACCUAGCCCUCGAGAGGAAAAUGUCACCUCUUUCUCUGAUGACAGUCGUUCGGACUCAAGCAGCGAUCCCUUCACCAGUCGGUCAGCUCCACGCCUUUUGGUAAAUUCCCUCUCAAGCUCUCAGAAUAGCGACCGCAAAUCGAGUAUCAAUGACAUGGAGGAUGGCAGUUACAAACCCGUACAGAAUGGUCAAGGGUCACCAACGGUGGAUCGGAACAGAAGGGGAUCAAAAACCUCUUCUCACAGUUUAGAUGCAGUAGAGCAAGAAGAGGCGUUCCAAGCUGAAUAUCAAACGCUACAGUCCCAGCUGGAUAUGUGGCAGGAACAACUGGCCCGAAACCAGACCCUGCUGGCCUCUCAAGACGUGGGGCCUGAUGUGCAGACAGGUCACCUCAAACAGCUGACGGAGCAGAUGGCCAUGCAACAGAAAAUGAUGCAGCAGCUGCAGAACAGCAUGCAAGCUUUACAGGAACAGAAAGGGCAGUCGAAUGGACAUCAAGAGAAUGGAAGUUUGGCUUCCAAGCCAACUGCCAACAGCAUCGAAUCAAAAGUGCAACCCAUAGUCUCUGCCUCAACACCCCCACCACCACCACCACCCCCUCCACCACCAUCUGUACAGCAGGAGAAGCCUAAGAUUGUCAAAGCUACCACAGUCGCCCCAAAGCCAAAGUCCAAGUCAAGAUUUGAGCCAGUCUUGGACCCAAGGGAAGAGCUCAUGAUUGCAAUUCGUGGCUUUCACGGCAGAGAAGGUUUACGGCCAGUUCCUGUGACAAAAGCCAAAUGGGUUCACAGCAAUCGGUUGUGAAGUUCUGCAGUUCUGCUUCACCCACAGAGGAAUAAAGGAAUACUUGAAUAGAUCUAUAUUGCAGCCAAAAUCAAAGACGGAAUAUUAUAAGAUGACUCAUUUCAGCCUUCUCGACCUUGUUAACUUCUGUGACAAGGGACCAUUAGUCAUCAGCAAAAGGAUGUAAGAGUGUAUUUUUAAAAUUUUCAAUUUGUCCUUUCACUACAGCCACAUUUUUUCGAUGACCUCAUGAUUGCAAUUAGAGCUUACAACAACACUAUUGUUUGCUCUAAAGCAUUUAUAAUCAUUUUGUUAUUUCCGUGAAAGAUGAAUGGAAGAAAAAAAUAAAGGAGGAUUUUGGUCACAAAAUCACGGGCCCACUAAUUUAUUAGGGAAAGAAUUUGCUCCGAGUCUGUGAACAAAAUGAGCAGAGAAUUAAAGUAUAAACAAGGGUUUUUUCAUUAUUUGAUGAAGAACUUCUUUUCCUUUCUAUGCAUGUAAAAGGAUAAUCCUUCUUACGCUAUUCAAGUGUGUAUAUUAUAUUUUAUGCUUCCUAUUCAUUUUCAAACUAUGUUUAUAUAUAUAUAUAUAUUUAUGUAAGAGAAAAUGUAUAUGAGUCGUGACGCAAUGGAAUCUAGAGCUCAUCAGUUUAAAAAAAAUUUAAUUAACGAUUUUCAGUAAAAUCUACACCAAACAAGUGUUUUUAAAAGGACAUUUAAAGCUAAAAAAAAAAUUGAAUGAAAAUUGUCAACCCGAAGGAAAAAUAGCCAGUUUCUUCAAUUUCAUUAUUUUAAUGAGCGCCUGAUUUCACCACGAAUCCUCUUUUAUAUAUUUGUCAUGUACAUAAAAGGUAAGAAGAAGAACUGGAGGGAAAGGAACAUUUUUCAGCAAAUAUGAGAGACACGCUGAAAAAAAAUGUUGUUCUGACUUGAUGUAUUUUAGAUAUUUAAACUUAUAGAACAAUAUAUAAUUUCUAUUAUGUAAGCAAAUUACUGCUUUGUUUAAGUGUUGGUAAGCUCUUUCUUAGGUGAUAGUCUGAAGAAACUAGACAUUAGCUCUCUCAUAACAAAAUCUUACCUUCCACCAUAGUGUUCAUUAGUUAUUAGUUGUGAGUUGCUGUUUUUUUUAAUUUUUUUUUUUCAGUUUUGAAUAAACUCUAGCACCAUGUGCAUGUUUGCAGUAAAGUAUAAUUAUGAUGCUUGUUAAGGAAGAGGAACUGCCUUUGAUGGAUGUGGUUCUGCCAUGUCCUGUUCAAUAAGUAAAUACUUAUGAUUCCAUGCUUUGAUGUCAGUCUCUGAAAAUCAUGCAGCAGAUAUAUUUAUUAUAUAUAUUGCUUUUGUACAUACACCAAAUAGUUAUGUAAUCAGUGAAGAUUUUGUCAAAAUACAUGUACAUAUUCAGUUGUUUAUCAGGAAUAUUUUGUUACUUUCAGUAUUCAUUCUCUUCACCCCCUCCCCCACCUUGCUGCUUCUCAUAUAAUAAUCAUUGUACUUACCUGCAGUUGUCAGAUAUGCUUUUUUUUCAGUUCAUCCCAGCUUCUAUUUAUCUUAACAAUUUUAGAAUGAAGGUGGAUCUUCCAAGGCAUUAAACAAA